AGAAACCUAUGGAAGCGAACCAGAUCAACGAGAAAAUGGCCAAAAAACUGACAGAUGAGUUGAAGGCUAUUGAGAUCUCUGGACCUCCAUCACUCUUCGAUAUGCCAAUGUGUGUAAUGCAUACAAUUGUGGACAAUUUGGAUGCAAUCGAUCGAUUGAUUCUUCGCUAUGUAAACCGAAAAUUGCGGAAUUUCGUUGAUAACAAGAAGCCAAUUUUCAAGAAUGUUAAAGUAUAUUCUGUCGUGGGUGGCUAUAAUCUUGUACUAGGUCAUGAUAAAUCUACAAUAUUUUAUGAUUCAAAAGGUUCUGGUUGCAUUGCAAGAUGUGAUGGUCGCAGGAUGCGGAAAAUCAACAAAAGCUCGUUGGCUGCACUGUUUGGUGAUCUCGAAGUAUGGAUGAAAAAUCCGCAACUUCAACUGGAUAAGUUCAGCUUGUACGCAGUGUGUGACGAUGAACUGACCACAAACCUUCUCAAAAAGAUUACAAAUGUAGAAUAUAUGUUUCAUGCCAAAAGUAUUUACCUGAGCGUUGCGAAGUUCAGUAAUGUCAUCUCUAUCCUUUCUCACUUUAAACCAGGAUUUCUUGAAGAAAUUGUUUUUUUCUGUCAUUCUGGUCAUGAAAGUAUACAUGAACUCUUUCUUCUAGAACAAUGGAAACAAGUUAAAUCAGUCUUUAUUAAGUGGUUCCCAUUCGAUGAUUUCCCCUUUGAGCACUUGGUCCAUGUGUCUUGUUUCGAACUCAACUUGCCCAGAAUAUCAGUCUCUGUUGCGAUUAUAAUUAGAGACGUUCUCAUGAAAACCGCUCAAUUCGAAUAUGGAAAGAUUCGUCUGUACGAUUUAAACAAUAUGGAUGACCCUCCAGAUAUUGAAGCGGACGUUGUGAGAGUUUUCAACCCAAACUUUGUUGAUGAAUAUGUCACCCGUCCUCUCCAAUUCAAAGUCGAGCAAUUUCUCGUCACAAUCCAUAAAAGAUCUCUGCGAAUCAAGAAAAUUGAAAACCCCCGUUAAAUUCCCCUUGUUGUUGUUAUUUCUCAAGUGAGAAUGAAUAUUUUUGUUGAAAU